AUGAACUACCUGCGCACCAUAGUGUCCGAUGUGAAGCUCAAGUACAGGGCAAGUCGCGUUGUAGAUGAGUGUGUGCUCGGGCGAGAGAAGCCUGAGUUUCCAAAGUUUCUGACGGAGUGUGUAACUAUCGCGGAUGGGCACCCGGAGCUGAUCCUGUCGACCAUUCGACUCUAUCUCGUAUAUAGUCAGCCGGAGAGUGCUUACGGAGGCCUACUGCUGCUGGAGCAGCUAGUUUCGCUAUGCAACUAUGCCUUCCACUUAGCCCUGGCGAGGGAUUGCGACAUACAAGACCUCAUUAUUCACUUAGCCGUGAGGCGCGGCGAAGGUGAGGCGCAUCGGAAAGCGCAGCGACUCGCCCGCCUGACCCUGCUGGAGUACUCGCGUGUCUUCGUCGAUGAUCGCGAUUUGAUGCGGCUGUCCGGCUUAGUCUCCUCCUUUGAGCAUCGCACGCACCGGAGUUUGAUGCGGUGCCUCAACGUGCAGAAUAGGCGCGUGCGCUUUCGAGAAGUGGGGGUGAAUGACAUCGUUUUAAUCAGCCCGGAGGAGUGCCUCGGCUGCCCGAGCUCCUCUGCUGGCCGGCCUGUGAAGCCGCUGCAGCUGAGCUCGGCACCUGAAGUGUGGCCAUGUCAUGUAUGCACGUACCUCAACGCCCCGUCCGCCACAUGCUGCGCUGCCUGCGAGACACUGCGCACCACAGACACAUCGGAGCACCACUCCUCACCAGACAUGCCAUCGAAGACGUCACCUGCCUUCUCCACACCAGCCCCGACGGCGACUGCCACGAGCCCAGGAAGUCCCUCGCCCGUUGUUCCGCCGCUGCCGAUAGCCGAGAGGAGCGCGAUGGAGAGAGGUGACUCCCAGGCGUCGAGUCAUGCCAGUGUGGAGGACAUGGCUGAGACGUUUCCCAUCAACAACUUGGUCAGUACUUCCGAGGUGCAGCUCUACCCAUCUCAUGGUUCGCCGACAGUCGUGUGCGUGGCCCCGGUGCACCUGUCUCACAGCGCCACCAGCACUGCGGUGCCGGCGUACAUGUCAGACGCAUCAGAACCCAUAUCACCGUCGACAGACAGUGAGCUCAGGGAUGGGGCUGACGAAGGGGACUGCAACAGCAUCGGAGGCUCCACAGCUCACACUGUAGCAUCGCACGUGCAGGAAAAGGGAGGUUGCCGAAGCGAGUUCGAGUAUGAAAUCAACAAGGAACCGUCGGAUGCAACACGCCAAACAGUUUGCGCAACGGAGGCAACACUGUGCAGCACGGCCGCUGCGCUGCCGCUGCUUACGCGACCGAACUCUUCUUGA